CGUCACCUAUCUCGUUCCAACAAAUUACAAUUUAUUCUAAAAAGAGUAAUUCCUACUCACAAAAUCGAAUAAUAAUUAACGAAAUAAUAUAAACAUUUACUUAUUUAGUUAUCUAAAUAUUUUAUAAAACAAACAGAUCGCUUUUCGGAAAAUGGCUGCUCUCUUUGUUCAAUCUCGUUUCGCCGGCCUUAAAAUAGAGGAUGAUGAUCAUAACGCCAUCGAGAACCAGAAGUCGAAAAAGAAUAAAUCGAAUCCUCCCAAGAAGUUGGAUUCUGCAAAGAAAACUAAAAGUUCAAACAACAAGCCCCAGCCUUUGUCGAAAAAACGCAAGCAAAAGCCUGUGGAGGCCACAUCUGAACAAUGGGAAAUGUGGAAACAAAAGGAUGGGGAAAUUGUUGAUGGAAAUUUUGAGACUCAGAUGGAAGAGGCAAUACUUUUAUCUAAAUUGGAUUAUGAAGAGAAGAAAGAUGUUUAUAAGCAGCACAAAAAGGAUACAGAGGCAGAAAAGAAGAUAGAAGAACAAUCUCGCACAGGGAACAAGAAACAAAAGAAAAAAAAUGUUAUGAGUUUGGAACAGUUUAAUGAUCUGGUCACUCAUGGUGAAGAGCCAAAUAACAUUAUCAAUGUUACACCUAUAAAGAGUCCUGAGGAAGACCCAAAACAACCUGACAAAGAUACAACGUUUUUUGACAGAAUACAUACAGAAACCCGGAAUGAGCUUUUAAAAGACAAAAUUACAGAGAGAGUUUUAAAUCAGACGGUGCCCGACGAAGUUAUCACAAGGCUACAGUUUGCUGAAACUCUGGAAAAGAAAGAUAAGGAGAUCUCAGCAUUGAAGCAGCAGAUUAUAAGUUUGAAAGAAGAGCUUUUAACAGUAAAGUCAAGAAAUAAGAAGCUUUGUAAUAUUCUUGGACAGGGUGAAAUGAAAGACAAGGCCGAAAUUUUGAUAGAAGUGGAGCGGCUCCGGGGUAUGCAGUCAGAGAUGACGGCGGAGCUGGCCUCCCUGCACACAGACCUAGAGAAGGAACGUUCUAAGAACGCCGACCCGCGCAAUAAAGAUAAGAGACAUGGCACUAGAAAGAAAAGUAUACGUUUCGAUGUUUCGUCCGAGGCGAUCUUGUCAAAAGACUCUAGCUCCGGAACAUCGUAGAUACAAAAUAGCCGUCGAGCGAGAUGUCUUAGAUUCGAAUUAACUUGGAAAUCUAAAAUAAACAAUUGGAAACUUAAGCAACUAGUGUUUAAUUAGUUUUUUUUGUAUAAAAGUAGUUAUUUUCUAAUUUUCAGAAGAAAAAGGCCGCAAAUGCAGAAAGAGACAAGUAAUCAACAUACACUUUGUCUUUAGCUUAGAUGUUUUAUGGUACUACAUAGUAGCUCUCUAAGAAAAGUAUAACUUUAUUUUAAAUGGUCAAUUUUUAUAUUGGAAAAUGACUACAUAUUCAUGAAUGUGUAUUUUUGUGACUAUUAAAAUCAUGAAAAGACUAUUAAUUAUAUGCAAAAUGUUUCAGUAUUGGCACAAUAUAUUAUACAGGAAAACUUAUAGUCACUGUGUUAUUAAAACAAUAUUCUGGGUGUUAUGCAUAUCAGAUCUUCGGCAAUGUCCUACUCUCUACACACCAUUCGCUCUGAUACUGGAGUAUCCUCGGGAGAUGUGGAUUUACAAUGAAUAAUUGUUAAGGACUAUUAAGCUUAAUUUUCAUAAUAUAUCUUGGAAUUCCGUAAAGAAACGCAUGCCUUUAUUCAAUCGUAUUAUGGGUGAAAAUAACAAAGCAUGUGUCUUUUCUUUUAACCUACCAGAUGUAGGUAGCAGUAUGUACUAAAAACAUACAGCUAUUUAAUUCGGUAAAAAAUUAGGCAAUUUAUUCCCUAAGUAACUACGGGAUUUAAUUGUGUGACAAUCUUCUUUUGAGCCUAAAGAAGAAAGUUUAUUUAUAUUUUAUGCUUGCCACUUGCUAGGCAACGCUGUGUUAUUAGACACAAUUUUCCCAGUUUAGUUCGAUAAUUCAUUUGGACAGUGACUUUAAAGUAUUCCUGUAUAAAAUUAAAUAGAGCGUUCAUUGGGCGCCAUUGCUCACAUUAUUUUUCCUUCCGGCAUAGGUCCCGCUUUUUCUUAAUGCCAUUGAUAAAUCGAAAAACGAAUGUAAUAAAUGGACUUUCGUUGAAUUAUCCCCUUAGCUAGAGCCAUACUGAUCCCACGUAUGCAAUAUAUAUAUAUAUACCUGAAUACUUGAUUAAUUAUGAAAACCAAUACAAUAGAAAGUAGAAACACACUUAUCGUAUGCAACGCAAUUUUUUACACACGCAUUUCAAGCAACUUCGACUGGCUAUGCCCAUAUCGAAAUGGGAAGGUGAAGGGAAUGUCGUAUACUAUCCCACGCGUGAGAUCAGUGUUUUUCUAGAACUUACACGCACCACGUCACAACAAUUAGUCCUUUCAAAAAUGUUAACAGUGGUCUCAUGUCAAUUUACUAUGCAUACACGGGGCAAGUUUGCAAACCGAUUCUCCCACGCUGCGUCGCUUAUUACGCUUGCGUACGUGAGACCAGUCUGUCUCUAGCUUGACUUAGUAUUUUUUUACUUUAAGGCGAUCUUGUAUUUUACACUGGGGUUCAUAGUCAAGUUAGCGCUAAUUGUAUAGCGAAAACGAUUUAGACGCUAUCCUGCAAAUAACCUUUAUGCAUUCCAUAAACCAAGGUAGGGUCCUAUUAUAGUCGAGGUCUAGUCAGGACAGCCUCCAAUUCGGUGUGUUUAUGUGACCCCAUGACGCAUUGAUACAAAUCUCUAUUCUAAAUUAGUUAACAAACCCGAGUCCAUUUUUACUCUUAGCAUUUGUGACAUAUAAGUCUCUGGAUUUGUUAAUAAGGUGUUUUUAGUAAUUUAAAUUGUGGUUUCUACACUCGUAUUAUAGUUUCACAUUUACAGCGCCAAAAUAGCGUUAAUCAAUGGUAGACAAUAAGACAGACGACUAUCAAGCGGUAGACCGUAGAGGUUAGUCUGAAUAGACUUUUUGGGGGACGGUUUAUCUUAACUAUGAAUUCCAGUGUUAGGUUUCUCGUAUAUAUUCAAUUUUUCCACCGAACAAAAAUCCGAACUUCAAUAAAAUGUCCUGUUCUUAAGUAGAUUAUAUCUAUCGUCUGGACAAAUUGCAUCAAUAUUAUCCAUUAUUAAAAUAAAGCCAAAUAUAGGCAAUACUGAAUUUCCAGAAAAAAAACAGUACACUACCAUAUUAUGUAUAAUGAGUAGGUGAGGUUAUAGCGAAUCAAUUUGAGACCCAUUCAUGCUUCGCACCCGACGAAGAUUGGAUUCAUCUAUUCAUAUUAUCACUACGAGUCGUCCUGUACGGUACGUUGUCCUGUGGAAAAAAAGCACAUCUACGAGAGGCCUUCAACCAACAGUUGUGUAAUGGAAAUAAUCUCGACAAAUUAUUUAGGUAUAAGAUUUUCCUUGUAAUAAUAAUUGCUGUAACAUUAAAAUCGAAGUUGAAUGUUAAUAUUAAUAACAUUCCUAAAGUUACUUAUAGAAGUUUUAUAUUCGUGGCUGCGAAUUUUGAGAUCUCUGCUAUACUUGCUCUGUGAUUAUAAUAUUUAUUUGUUCAAUAUGUCACAAACUUUUACUUUAAAGAUUUAAUUAAAUCUGAAGUAAUUUAUA